GCAUUUCAUUUCGCUCCGCGUCCCCACACGGCCACACCGGAAAAACCCCCGGCAAGAACCUCGCUCUCCGGCGUCUCCGGCGACCGGCGGUAGUCCGGCCACAUACCUAUGGAGGCCACCGCGGUGCCGCGGGCUCUGUCCCUCCUCGGGCCAUCGCUGCCGCCGCCUCGGAUGCGUAUGAACUGCUUGCGCGUAGCCAUUGGAGGAGGUGUGAGGCGGAGGGGGGCCGUUGCAGUCUGGGCGAAGAAGAAGAGGGGGAAGGGCGGGGACGGUGAGGCGCAGGAGCGGGUGGACACGCACAGCUUUGCGCCCAAGGCGGGCGAGGCUGCCGGGCUGUUCCCCGAGGCCGUCCUGCUUAGAAAGAAAAUGGUGAGAGACGAUGGUCAAGUGUCACCAGAAUUUGCUGAUGCGGACGAAGAAAAGCUGUAUGAUUUUCUUAAUAUUCAGCUAGAGAGUGAUUUAAAUCUGAAAAGAAUGCGGCACUAUGAAGUAGUUUAUCUAAUUCAUGAGGACCGUGUUGAAGAAGUUGAAAAUGUUGUAUCAAAAGUACAAGAUUUUAUCAGGGAGAAGAAAGGAAGGAUAUGGAGGGUUAACAAUUGGGGGCUGCGCAGGCUUGCUUACAAAAUAAAGAAAGCAACACAUGCCAAUUACAUUUUAAUGAACUUUGAGAUAGAGUCAAGAUACAUCAAUGACUUCAAGACCCUGCUAGACAAGGAUGAAAGGGUCAUCAGACAUCUCGUUAUGAAACGGGAUGAGGCAAUUACUGAAGACUGCCCUCCCCCACCAGAAUUCCACACUCUGCGAGCUCAACAAUAUUUUGAUGAUGAAUAUGAAGAUGAGGAGGAAGAGGAAGAGGAUGGGGAUGCUAGGAGGGAGAUAGAGUCUGCCAAUUAUGAUGAGGAUGAUGUUGAAGCCGAUGAUGAGCCUGAAAUUAUUUAUGUUGAUGAAGCUGAUCAGGAUAAUUACGAAGACACUAGAAGAAGGAACAGAAAGCUAAAGGUGAAGAAGUAUAUGUCAGAGAAGGUAUUGAGGUAGCAUUAGUGUUUUUCCAGUUAGUUUAAGUCUUUUUAGUUCUUAUACAAAAGACCACCUGUAUCUGUACUAUGAGGAAGCUUCACUUAGGUGCUUUUUCUGGUGCCAAGGACCACUACCAUGAUAAUGAGAUAGGUAUAUGUGCUAUGGCUGGUACAGCCCUUGUAAAUGCCUUCUUUAGUGCACCUUUGUUUUUUGUGUCACUUUAUUUGCCAAGAAAACCAAAAGCUUAAAAACACUAUAUUAUUAGUUCGAAAUA